CAUCGUUCACCAAAAAACAAAAGAAAAAAUAAAUAUAUAAUUAAAAUAAAAGAACAAACCUAAUAUAUGUGUGAAAGUAAUCUUUGUUAAGAAGAGCAGUGCAUUAUGCGUGAGACUGUAUAAAAUAUACAAAUAAGAUGAAACUGGCAGAUAUAUCUACAUUUGUUUAAUAUUUUAAUUAAAUAAAUAAUAAAACAAAAUGAUGCCAUUCAACAAGUGUUCUUUAAACUAUCUCAAAAUGUAUAGACAUGUAAAUACAUGGUCACCUUUAGCAACAGCAUUCAAUUCUAUUACAAAAAUAGAACAUGGAUUUAGUUUGUCCAAAAAGGAGACUGGUUUAUUUGGUAUACCUGAACUUAAAGAUGCAAGCGGAUUUAAAACGUUGAAGGAUCGUGCAUUUACUCAAACUGAUUUACUUAUAGCUGAAGUAACUGAUGUUAACAGAAAGAGAAAUAUGGUAGAGAUAUUUGAUGAAUUGUCUGACACUUUAUGUAAAGUUGCAGAUUUGGCAGAAUUCAUUAGAAUUGCACAUCCAAAUAUAGAGUUUAUUGAAGCUGCGGAGGAUGCUUCUAUAUCACUAAGUAGUGUCGUUGAAAAACUUAAUACUCACCGUGACUUAUAUAAUGCAUUACAGCAUGUUGUAAAGAAUGGAGACAUUUUAAAAACUUCUCCCAUUGAUGAUCAUGUUGCCAAGCUAUUUUUGUUUGAUUUCGAACAAAGUGGUAUUCAUUUGCCAGAAGAACAAAGAAAACAAGUCGUCAUGUUAAAUGACAAUAUCCUACAAGCAGGUCAGAAAUUUAUGGCUGGUGCUGUUACUACACGCUCUAUAAGGGCUGAUAUUUUGCCAGAAAGUAUCAGGCAAAAUUUUGAGAUACACAAUGGUCAGAUAUUAGUAAGUGGACUUUAUACAGAUUCAUCUAAUACUAUUGUUCGUGAAGCAGCUUACAAGCUAUUCUUAUACCCUGAUAAACAACAAGAGUAUUUGUUGGUUAAGCUUUUAAAUUGUAGACAUCAAUUGGCACAAAUAUGUGGAUUUCCUACAUAUGUCCACAGAGCUGUAAAAGGUAGUACAGUACAAACACCUGAAGCAGUAAAUGAUUUUCUUAAUAUUUUGAAUGAUAAUUUACAAAUUAAAGCGAUGCAAGAUUUUCAAGAGAUGCAAAAAAUGAAAGAUAUUCAAUCGUCUAUAAAACAAGAUUUGAUGCCAUGGGAUACAGCCUAUUUUAUCUCAAUGGCUAAAAAGACAUGGUUAAAUACUUCCAACAAUGAGUUUGCUCCAUAUUUUUCUCUUGGCUCUUGUAUGGAUGGUUUAAAUUAUCUUGUACAAGCAUUAUAUGGAAUACGACUGGAAUCUGUACCAGUUUUAUGUGGUGAAGUAUGGGCACAAAAUAUACAUAAAUUAGCUGUGAUUGAUAAAGAUGAAACAACAUUGGGUUACAUUUAUUGUGAUUUUUUUGAAAGAAAAGGAAAACCUAAUCAAGAUUGUCAUUUUGCUAUUAGAGGUGGAAAACAGUUGUCCAAUGGAACUUAUCAGACUCCUAUAGUUGUUUUAAUGUUAUCUUUACCAUCACCUAAAUGGUCUAAUCCAUGUUUACUAAAUCCAUCCUCAGUUGAUAAUUUAUUUCACGAAAUGGGACAUGCAUUACAUUCUAUGUUAGGUAGAACAAAAUAUCAACAUGUGACAGGUACCAGAUGCAGUACAGAUUUUGCAGAAGUACCGAGCGUGUUAAUGGAAUAUUUUGCAGGCGAUCCACGAGUACUGUCUAUGUUUGCAAAACAUUAUCAAACGAACGAGCAAAUGUCAGAUAAUUUGUUAAAAAAGUUAUGCGCUUCGAAAUAUAUUUUUUGCGCAUCAGAACUGCAAAAUCAAGUAUUUUAUAGUAUGUUAGAUCAUGUUUAUCAUAGCAAUAAAAUAGAAAGAUCUACUACAGAAAUUUUAAAAGAUAUUCAAGAAAAAUAUUAUGGUUUACCAUACAUUGAAAAUACAGCAUGGCAGUUGCGAUUUUCUCAUCUAGUGGGAUACGGUGCCAAAUAUUAUUCUUAUUUAAUAUCACGUGCAAUAGCCUCUUGGAUUUGGCAAACAUACUUUCAACACGAUCCUCUGAGUAGAGUUGCUGGUGAGAAAUAUCGUUGGGAAUGUUUAGCACACGGUGGUGGUAAACCUCCAUCAUUAUUAGUUUCUGAUUUUCUACACAAAAAUGCUAAUCCUAGUAAUUUUGCAAACUCGUUAUUAAAUGAAAUUGAUAUAAGAAAUGAAUAUAUGAAAACAAUAAAAGCAUUAAAAUAAUAAUUUUCGCGUUGAUAUGCAAUUUUAGAAGAAAUUGUAUUUAUCAAAUAAAUUCUUCAGUUUAGACACGAUAAAGUAUUAACAGUAAUAUACUUGUAACUUCUAAAAAUUAUUUUUUAAGUAAAUUUAUAAUUGAUUGUAUAAUAAAAUACGAACAACGAUACGUUAUUAAGAAAUUUUCACUUAUCACUUCAGUACAAAUGUCCAAUUUAUUCUAACUAAAUUUUAGAAAGGUUACAUGAAUUAAAAUUUUGAAUUUUAUUAUAAAACGGUACUUUUGUAUUUAUAGGUGUGUAACGUAAAUACAAUAAACAAACUUACUAAAUAAUAAAUUAUUCGUUUCAUCAUGUUAGCGUACAUUCUUCGUACAUAUUAAAAAUUUUUACAUUACUUUUUAGCAAUUAUCUGUUAUUAAUACGUUUGCAUAAUAAUUUUGUACCUGUCGAUAAUAACCGAUAUUAUCUAUUGUAUAUAUCCACAAAUAAGUAGCAAUUUUUUGUAUAUUUAUCAAAUCGCAAAAAAAAAGAAAUCAAUACAUUUCCCUCAGAUAUAAUUUACAUGAAUUUUUCUUUUGUAUUAUAGAUAUGUAUAAUAUUUGCAUAAAUCAAAGUCAAAUGUUCUAAAAUUAGAUUCAGGGGAAAAAUGAAAUUUUCUUCGAAACAUUAAUUUUCUAAUUGAUGUAGCAGAGUGAAAAAGUUACAUCCCUAGGACACAGAUACAUAAUUUAUUAUAUAUUAAUAUUCGUAUUUUUUUUAUUACCUUUUCCUGUGUAACACAAAGAAAUCAUUUAUUUAUAAUUGUGUUAAUUCUAGAAUAAUAAAACAAACACCGACUACAAUGUUCUCUUAAAAUAUGAUAGAUAUCUCAAUUCAUUUACUAAAUAUAAUAAAAAAUAAGCAGAUCUAGAUGAUAAUAUACAUAUAAUGAUGGAAGGCACCAGAAAUUGAAUCUAUAAAAUGAAAAAAGAAAAAACAAGUAUAUAAUAACAUGAAACACUGUAGAUAUUGAAGACAUUAAGAAUAUAUCUUGAAAAUGCACUUCUCAAUUUAAAGUAAUAUAUACAUACGUUUCACACACACUUGCACGCACACACACACAUAUACAAGUCGCUUUUAUAACAAAAUAAAGGAGACUUCUGUCAAUCCUAUAUUAUUAUUCUUUCGUAAAUGUGUUAUAAUUAUUAUAUAUUAUUAAUGUAGUGAAUUGGCUAGGAUUUUAAGCUUUUUUAAACGGGCUAAUUUAUUGGCUCACAUGAAAAUUAAGCUCAUAAGAUUUACAUAAAUACAUUUAUUUCAAAAGCAAAUUAAUCUUUUUUAUCACUUCCUUUUUAUAAAUGAACAGUUGAUACAUACGAAGUUAUGGUACAAUUUCGAAUGUAAAGAAUAAAUAUUGAUAAGACAUAUUUUGCAAUUGCAUGUAUUAAUAUAGUAUAUAAAUUUCUUUAUUGCUUACAUAUGCAAAAAGCAUAUAAUGUAAGCAGUGAGGAGAUAUUAGAGUUUCAAUUGAAAAAAAUGAGAAUUUUCUUUUUAAUUUUCCUACAUUAAUAUUUAAAGUUAAUAUUUUUUUCCACAGUGUUUCUCAUUAUUAUUUACUAAUAAAUUUGUGUUAUCCUAUUACUUUUUUCCCAAGAAAGAUGAACAUGUUCUUUUUAGUAUCACAACUGUUAUAAUAUUUUCUGUUAAAACUUCGUUCAUAACUACUGAACUGUAUUGUAAGGUACUAUGUCGAGAUGCUUACAAAGUAGUGUGGCAUAGUGAUCUCCUUUAAUAUAAUCUGUUCAAAUGAAAUUUAUUUCGUUUCAAUAAAAGGAUUUUUUUUUCUACA